CGUUCGGUGACGUCAGGACGUAACACUGGCAACUGAAGCCGCUACGCACGUGACUUUUCCCGUACUAGCCGAUUCCUUCAUAUGGUGGCUAUGGCUCCCCCACGUGUGUCAGCGUUCGCUGUUUUCCAGCAGGCAAAGCAUGAGGAGAAUCCGCAGUUUGGUUUGAAGAAAAACAAAGGUGCCAACUCAAAGUCUCCACAAAAGGUGCUGAAAAAGAAAAAGAAUUCAAGGCGCAAAGCACUAUUAAAAAAUGCAAAACCCAAAGAAGAUAGCUGCCACACGUUACAAACACUUAUUUCCUCAAAUAAAAAAAACUCAACUAAAGGAGGCAAAACACCAGGCAAUGGGAAAGGACUGCCAGCUCAGCAGCUAAAGGAGUCGAAAAAUUACAGCAAACACCUUGGCCCCCCGCUGGACUCUGUACUAAAGAGUGUGGGAAAUAUCCAGAACAGUAGAGAAAGAGCCAAAGCCCUGUUUGAAUGGAUUAUUUCUCCCGUCAAACCAGAUGACUUCUUCAAAUGUAUUUGGGAGAAGAAGCCUGCAUUAAUAAAGCGGCACAACACCAAAUACUACAACGGAUUCUUUUCCACUUCAGAGUUUGACCGGAUUCUCAGAGAAGAAAAUGUGCAGUUUGGUGUUAACUUAGAUGUCACCAGUUAUACUGAUGGCGUACGAGAGACGCACAAUCCUCCUGGCAGAGCCUUACCCAUGGUUGUAUGGGACUACUACAAGAAUGGCUGUUCACUGAGAUUAUUGAAUCCUCAGAGCUUCUCCUACACAGUGUGGAAUGUUUUGUCUGUGCUACAGGAACUUUUUGGAAGCAUGGUUGGGGCAAACACGUACCUAACCCCUCCUGGCACGCAGGGGUUUGCACCACAUUAUGAUGACAUUGAGGCAUUUGUGGUUCAGUUGGAAGGCAAGAAACACUGGAGGGUCUACAAUCCAAGGAACUCAUCAGAAAUACUUCCUCAGUUCUCAAGUGUUAAUUUCAAUGACGGAAACAUCGGGGAGCCUGUUUUAGAAACUAUUUUGGAAGCUGGAGACCUUCUGUACUUUCCUAGAGGGUUUAUUCACCAAGGUGUCUGCCUUCCUGAUGCCCACUCCUUACACAUAACGGUUUCUUCAUUUCAGCGAAACAGUUGGGUCGACCUGCUGGACAAGCUUGUUCCAGCAGCCCUGAGGAUUGCUGCUGAAGAUGAUGUUGAGUUUCGGAGGGGGCUUCCUUUGGAUUACCUGGAUUACAUGGGCGUACAGAAUGCUGAAUCGUUGGACCCAAGGAGAGCAAACUUCAUAGAAAAGGUUCGGGUGUUGAUGAGGAAGUUGGCAGAGUAUGCGCCCGUCGAUGCUGCUGUAGAUCAGAAGGCGAAGGCAUUUCUGCAUGAUUGCUUACCUCCUGUACUGACACCUGCUGAAAAAGACCACAGUGUGUAUGGAGCUCCAGCAAGGUGGGAGAAUGGAGACGUGAAAGACAGCAUCAUACAGGUUGAGAAAGACACACGGAUAAGGUUUUUGAGAGGCGGGAUAGCAAGAUUGGGUAGUGAAGGAGAUGCCUGUUUCCUGUAUUACUCCACAGAUAACUCCAGAGUCUACCACAGGGAGGAGCCAAAGUCUAUUGAAGUUGAUGCUGAGCAUGUGGAUGCAAUAGAAUAUCUUCUUUAUUGUUAUCCUCAAUAUGUGACUGUGGAAAGCCUUCCCUGUGAAGACCUAGAUACCAAGCUUGCUGUGGCCAACAUGUUAUUUGAGAAGGGUCUGCUGAUCACCAAAGAACUUCUGACUCCAAAAAAUGCUGAGGAAAAUGAGUGAAUAAUAUUUUGGAACCAAGUAAUUUCUUAAGACUGUGAAGAGAAUGUGUCCGGCCUUCGGAGGAAUAACCUCAGGAGUGUAUCAGGAGGAGGAUCACCCACAAGCCGCCAAUACUUUUUAGAUCUAGUAAAUCUACUAGAUUGGACUACCCGAUGUCUGUUUUCUACGCUGUUCAUACAGCCAUAAGGGAUAAUGAUGAUAAACGUUUUAUUUCUAAGUCUAAUUCAGGAUGUUCAACUAUACACGAAUGUAAUAUUUCUUUGAAAUGUAAAUUUAGGGAACUGAAUGAUCUUAUAAAAGCUUAGAAAUGGUUCAGGAAUACUGUAUAUUUAAUACCAAGUUCACUUAAAAUUUUGUCCUUCUCCGGUUAGCUCCUUUUUUUUUUUUUUUUUUUUUUAAACCUUCCCACCCCCCUUCUUCCCCCUCCAUUUCCUUCGCAUUUUUGGACGCAUUUAACAAGCAUUUGCGUCUUUUCUCCCAGUGGUCAUUAGUUUUAGUUUUUGGCCUAAAAAGGGCAUAGUUUGUGUAGUGGCUUUUAAACCCAUUUCUUAUCAUAUUUUUUUAAUGGAAAAAAAAAGUUCAAAAUAAGGGGUUGAAAAGUUACAGAUUAUAAAUUCCAACCACUCUCUGCUCUUCCCUUUGACCCAUACUACUACUAGUGUUUAUCUGUGACCAUGCCUGCAUGCUUUAUUUUAUAUACCGUCUGCAGUGUUGUGUGGGUAGACACCAGAAAGACCAGUGGUGUCCACAUACUUUUUGCCAUGUAGAAUAUGUAAACUUAGUAUGUACCAUUGCUAAGAUGCCAAUGUCCUAGUAUACUUAGGAAAAUAAAAUCCGGGACCUCACUGGUUGCUAUUAAGGGGGGGGGGGG